AUGACGUUGUGGGAAUUAGGUUAUUAUGUGAGUGAUGAGACAAUGGCGACCUUUGGUCCCGUCGUAGUUUACUGGUUAUACGCUGGCUUCUAUCAGAUCAUUCUGUCUUCUUCGAAUCUCUUGGACGAGUACCGUUUGCAUACGAGGGAGGAAUCGGCAAAGAAGAACUUGGUGCCGUUGUCAAGAGUGAUGAAGGGUGUUCUAGCUCUGCAGAUCUUGCAAACAGCGAUUGCGUAUCUCUAUUACUUAUGGUUAAAAACGGAUGGAUCUACACCAAAAGCGACGAAGAUCAUCCAACCCUCCAUUUCCAUCCAAACCUUGCAGAUCCUGAUAGCGAUGUUCGUAAUGGACACGUGGCAGUACUUCGGCCAUCGAUACAUGCACCACAACAAGUUCUUGUUUCGCCAUGUCCAUCACCAACACCAUAUCUUCGUCGUGCCUCAUGCCAUUGGAGCCCUCUACAACCACCCUGUCGAGUCGCUCUUGCUCGACACACUAGGAGGCGUAGUCACUCUGUCAAUCUCUGGAAUGACUCCAAGAACUGAGGCCAUAUUCCUCUGCUUCACCAUGUUGAAAGCCGUGGAUGAUCACUGUGGGAUUUGGUUCCCUAGAGGGAAUCUGAUCCAGAGGUUGUUUACGAACAGUUGUGCGUACCAUGAUGUUCACCAUCAAGUGCGUGGUGGGAGGUACAAUUUUUCUCAGCCGUUUUUCCCCUUUUGGGACAAGCUUUUGGGAACUCAUAUGCCUCAUGUCGUUUUGAGGCGGCCCGAAGGAGGAUACGAGGUAAAGAUGGUUAAAGACUAG